GCGGUGCGCAUGUGCGCGAGUGUGCUUUACCUCUCCGGGUAAAGAUGGCGGAGCGCGGUUACAGCUUUUCGCUGACUACAUUCAGCCCAUCUGGUAAACUUGUCCAGAUUGAAUACGCUUUGGCUGCUGUAGCUGGAGGAGCCCCUUCAGUGGGAAUUAAAGCUGCAAAUGGUGUGGUAUUAGCAACUGAGAAGAAACAGAAAUCCAUUCUGUAUGAUGAGCGAAGUGUACACAAAGUGGAACCAAUUACCAAACAUAUAGGUUUGGUCUAUAGUGGCAUGGGCCCAGAUUACAGAGUGCUUGUGCACAGAGCUCGAAAACUGGCUCAGCAAUAUUAUCUUGUUUACCAAGAACCCAUUCCCACAGCUCAGCUGGUACAGAGAGUAGCUUCUGUGAUGCAAGAGUACACCCAGUCAGGUGGGGUUCGUCCAUUUGGAGUUUCUUUACUUAUUUGUGGAUGGAAUGAGGGACGACCAUAUUUAUUUCAGUCAGAUCCAUCUGGAGCUUACUUUGCCUGGAAGGCCACAGCAAUGGGAAAGAACUAUGUGAAUGGGAAAACAUUCCUUGAGAAAAGAUACAAUGAAGAUUUGGAACUUGAAGAUGCCAUUCAUACAGCCAUCUUAACCCUAAAGGAAAGUUUUGAAGGGCAAAUGACAGAAGAUAACAUUGAAGUUGGAAUCUGCAAUGAAGCUGGAUUUAGGCGACUUACUCCAACUGAAGUUAAGGAUUACUUGGCUGCCAUAGCAUAAUAAUGAAGUGACUGAACAAUCCAGAAUUUCAGAUAAUCUAUCUACUUAAACAUGUUUAAAGAAUGUUUUGUUUUGCAGACUUUUUGCAUACUUAUUUCUACAUGGUUUAAUGGACUGAUGUUUUUAAAAAUGACACUUAUAAAUCAUAAUAAACUGUUAAAUCCAACUUGCAGCUUUUUAGGAGUUAGUAAAAUUUUAACAGUAUUUCCUGCUUUUUAUCACAGUUGAUUUCUGGAAGCUACAUUGCAAAACAGAAUGAUGAAAUCAUUUUUCAGUUUUAGUGCACUUUUGGUUAAGUCAAAUCUUGUUGACCCUUUACCACCAGAUGCUGCCUGUUUCCAUAAAGCAAAAUGCUGAUUUUAAUAAACACUACUUUUAGAACUGGGAGAAUACACAGACUUUCAGGGACAAGAAAUGAAGCAUAGGGGUUAGGCACCAUUAGGUGUGAAUAUGAGAUCCGGCAGUGCCCUUUGUGAUUGUAUUGAAGCUAUGAAGAGGGUUCAGCCAAAUACGUCUCCUAUGAAAGAUAUAUCAAGUAAAUAAACCAUGGUUUACUGUU